AUGAUAGCUCGGAGUUCCCAGGUUGUAUCGGAUCGGGCUUGGUGCCGGAAGUGGUGGGGAUGUAGAUGGACUUCGCUCCCGUCGAGAGGUGUGGGAUGCCGUUGCGGUCUCCGUACUCUUCGAUUCUUCUUGCACAAUCUGUUUGAAGGCAACAGAAUAGCUCGGAACUUCGAUGCAGCUGAGGAUGUGUUUGAUCUCGGUGUGUUGUUUUUGGACUUCGUUCCGGUUCUUGACCUGGAACAACUGGUUCGGGGCAGCUCGAUUUCCAAACUCGUAUGGGGUGGUGUCCAUCACGAUGGUGAUGUGGUGGGUGCGCUCGAUUUCAACGAUCGCCACGGCGAUUUGGACCAUCGGUGCCAUCGGCCAGAGUGGGACUGCCUUCUCCUUCUUUUCUUCUGGAAUGUCUCCUUGUGGGAUGCCGCUGUCUCCCUGAUUCUCUUUCUCUUCCUGUUCAGCGAUGAUCUUCUCAACAGCGACUUGCAUCGCUGCGAAAUCUUCUUUCACCUUCUCGGCGGUUGCUUGGAGGGUGCUGUAGAGAUCACCGCACUCCUUGACGAGCUGCUCGAAAGUGAUGGCUUGGGGCGUUGA